AUGAGACCGCCAUCAACAUGGACGACAUUGGCUCUCUUCUUUGUUAUUCAGGAGACAGCAAGACCUUGCACAGUGAAGAAACUGAGCAGCAACGCAGGCCGAUUCUCCAAUGCCACAUUGGUGCGUCUUUCCGAGUUUUUGAGUGCGGGCUACAAGAAAGGGGUGCGACCGGUAAAAGACUGGCGGACGUCAACGCUGGUGGCCAUCGACCUGAUGGUUUACUCCAUCCUCAAUGUGGAUGAGAAGAACCAAGUUUUGACAACGUAUGUGUGGUACAGACAGUCAUGGACAGAUGAAUUCCUUGUUUGGAAUCCUGAAGACUUUGACGAGGUCAAACAAGUUUCUCUACCAACUGCCAACGUGUGGGUGCCGGACAUCCUCAUUAACGAGUUCGUCGAUGUAGGGAAGUCUCCUGACAUACCGUAUGUCUACGUGACCCAUGAUGGGCUGGUGCGCAACUACAAACCAAUCCAGGUGGUCACCGCCUGCACGCUCAACAUCUACAACUUCCCUUUUGACGUCCAGAAAUGCAGCCUGACCUUCCAGAGCUGGCUCCAUACAAUUGAUGACAUCAACAUCACAUUGAUGCGCAGUCCCGAGGAGCUGAGGGAGGACAAGAGCGUCUUCAUGAACCAAGGAGAGUGGGAGCUGCUACACAUUCUGUCCAACUACAAGAUCUUCAGCGUGGACAAUGAUGACUACUAUGCUGAAAUGAAGUUUCAUGUGGUGAUCCGUAGACGUCCAUUAUUCUACACGGUCAACUUGUUGCUGCCCAGCAUCUUCUUAAUGGUCAUGGACAUCGUGGGCUUCUUUUUACCACCUGACAGCGGCGAGAGAGUUUCCUUCAAGAUCACCUUGCUGCUGGGAUACUCAGUCUUCCUCAUCAUUGUGUCUGACACUCUGCCCGCCACCGCAAUUGGAACACCACUAAUUGGAGUCUAUUUUGUCGUGUGCAUGGCCCUACUGGUGAUCAGCCUGACGGAAACGGUGCUGAUCGUACGACUGGUCCACAAGCAGGAUCUGCAGCCCCCCGUUCCUCAUUGGUUGAGGUACCUUGUCUUGGAGAGAGCCCCAGCUAUGUUCUGCAUCCACAACAAGCACCGACUGUGCUCCAGGCUGUCUUCCCAGGCCUCCGAUAUGGAUGACUACAAGGACAACAACUAUGGAGCUGCCCAGUGUACCCUCCAUCACACUUGCGAGAUCGGUCGGCAGCACCAGAGGGAGGCGGCCCUGCUGGCACGGAUCCCGCCCCCUUCCAGAGACCCGUCGCCGCCCAUCGUGAGCGACAUCUUGCAGGAGGUGACGGCAAUCCGCAGCUUCCUAGAGAAGCGGGACCGUGGUAAUGAAGUGGCCAAGGAGUGGCUGCAGGUGGGCUACGUUUUGGAUGUGCUACUCUUCAGGGUCUACUUGGUGGCCGUAGUGGCCUACAGCAUCACGCUGUGCACACUUUGGUCUGUAUGGCAGGUGGCCUGA